AGCCCCCUCAAGCCGUGCAGCAGAGUCCACCCUUGCCUGGGGCUGCCCCUGCGUGUCUAGCCGAUCUUGCCCUGCAGGGCCAGGUCCCGCUGCCACCGCGCCGCGGGGCGGGGGCCGGCCGUGCUCGGGCGCGGGCGCGGGCGGCGACUGCGGCGGGUACCCGCCCCCGGACCUGAGCCGGGCGGGGACGGCCGACCUCGCGGACCUGUUCCUCGGGGACGUGCACGCCUGCGACGCCCUCCGCACGGGGCCCGCCGGGACCCGCCGGGUCGCCGCGGCCGUGGGUGAGGGCCUUGGCGCCACGCCCCCGCCUCGUGGACUCCCGAACCUCGGGGGGCGCAGCCGCUUCUCCGGGCGGGUGGCCACCGUGCAGUGCUUCGAGAGCAACCUGGUGGUGCGGUCGGUGCUCUCGGAGAGUGGCGGUGGGCGGGUCCUGGUGGUGGACGCGGGGGGCUCGCCUCGGGCGGCGCUCUUCGGCGACAACCUGGGCGAGCUGGCGGUGCGCAACGGCUGGGCCGGCGUGCUGCUCCACGGGUUCCUGCGCGAUGCGGCGUGCCUGCGGGGGAUGCCUCUCGGCGUCAAGGCGCUGGGCACCUACCCCGUGAAGACAGGGGGCCCCAGCAAAGGCCACACGAGUACCGCGAGGUCUCGGCCCCCCUCCGUGGACGGCUCCUCUCGCCGACGCGCGAGAAGUGACCCCUCGCUGGAGUGACCUGACCUUUAGUGCGCGGCUUCUGGAGGCUCAAGCCCAGGCACGCAAGGCCACCCAUUCUUCCCCCC